AUGGCUUUUAUAGUGGAUCAACAAUCUGAGCUCAAAUACUUUUGCAAAAUCUGCAACAAACGUUUCGGAUGUGGGAGAGCGCUUGGUGGGCACAUGAGGUCGCAUGGAAUCGGAGACGAGAGCCGGUACAUCGAAGACGACGACACUGCAAGUGAUUGGAGAAGCAAGUCGGGAACGAACAUCGUGCCGUCGAGCAACAAACGCAUGUAUGGGUUAAGAACAAACCCUAAUCGUUUGAAGAGCUGUAGGGUUUGUGAGAAUUGUGGCAAGGAGUUCUUUUCAUGGAAAUCUUUACUCGAGCACGGUAAAUGCAGCUCUAAGGAUGCUGAAUUGCCUGGUUCGUUGCAAAGGUUGGAAGGCAACGACGAUGUUGCGAUGACUAAUGGCUCGGGUUAUUUGUCUAAGAGGAAAAGAUCGUUGGUCUCCGAUUGUCCGUCGAGCGUAGAGGAAGAUGUUGCCAAUUGCUUGAUGAUGCUAUCCAAAUCAACCGUUGUACUUCCUCUUGUUAACGAGCCUGAAGAGUCUUGUACUUCGGCUAGCAAAGAAGAAGAGACAAGAAACACGAUGGAUUUCGUUACUGCCAUUUCAUAUAGGCCUAACGUACCUAUGGAUAAGGCCAAAGGUGUAGCAAAAGGGGCGUUCGAGUGCAAAGCAUGCAAGAAAGUGUUCAAUUCCCAUCAAGCAUUGGGUGGACAUAGAGCUAGUCAUAAGAAAGUUAAGGGAUGUUUCGCAGCGCGGCUCGAUAAUGAUCAUAACGGUAGAGACGAUAGUUUAGCCGACCACGAUUACACCGAGUUUUUCUCGACAUCCAAAACAAAAUCAAAAGUACACGAAUGUUCGAUAUGUCAUCGGGUAUUUUCGUCUGGACAAGCAUUAGGAGGACAUAAAAGAUGUCAUUUGAUAACGUCGAAUCCACCUGCUGAUCACACUCCCUCGUUAAUUAAGUUUCAACGGUAUCAAGACAACAUAAAGAAAAUUCAGCAAACCCAUAGAUCAAGUUUUAUUGGUGAUUCUGAGAAACUUGAUCUUAAGCUUGACCUCAAUCUUCCUGCCCCAAGGAACUGCAUUGAUCGAUCGAGUUUUGAUGUUUCAACAAAAAUCUAUUUGCAGCCUUGGAUUGGCAAAGAAAAGGAAGAUAAUCUGCAGCAACUGCAUGUUGACAAUAAUAACAGCAAUGAUGCGAUUAAGAACAAUCUCUGUAAUGUUUCUAACCAAGAUGAAGAAGACAAAACUGGCAGUACGAUAAUGUUAGCAAAACUAAGUGAACUAAAGGACAUCAAUAUGAGUGCAAGCUCACUUCCAUGGCUGCAAGUUGGGAUCGUUUCAACUACUAAUGUUUGUUCUGACCCUUAG